UGACAUCACGUAGUCGCGGGGUCGUGACGCUUCACAUGUGCGAAGAAACCUUAAAAGCCCUGCUACAGCGAUGCCUGGCAAAGACGAGCUGAAAAUCAACAAAAAGUUUGCACAACGUUACGAGAAGUACCGACAGAAGGAGGAACUGCAAAAACUGAAGGACCGCUAUGGUGACAGUGGGGAUGAGCCAGACACCUCUGAAUCGGAGGAAGAAGAGGACAGUGAAGUGGAGAUUGAUCCCAAGGUGGAAAGAGAUUUCUAUAGGACAUUGUCCUUGCUGAAACAGAAGGACCCAAGAAUUUAUGAGCGAGACUGUACAUUUUACAAUGACGAAGAGCUGCCAUCAACAAGUACAAAGAGCUCCACUAAGCAAAAAGUGGAAGAACAGUCCAUGUUUCUGAAGGACUAUGAGAGGAAGGUUAUUUUGGAAAAGGGGG